AUGACUGAAGUGACAAAGAAUUUUCCAAGUGAAUACUAUACAGUUGAAGCGUAUGUUUUCAAUAAUUUCUUUGUUAUGGUUUUCAUUGGUUUCUGUUAUCUGAUUAUCUGCUCGUAUCUUCUUAAGAAAAGUUGGAAAAUUCAAAUGAAACAAACUUCAGCUCUAGUGAAAAGGGUCACUUAUCAAUGUCUCACGGUUUGCACGUGUCAUUUCAUUGGAUGCUUUCUUUAUGUCUACAUCCAAUAUUUUUGGGUUCCCGAAUUCCUGAGCGUUGUAUGCCAUUUGGCAUGGAUUGGCAAUCAUAGUCUCCCUCCUUAUGUUUAUAUUAUUUUCAACCCAUCGAUUCGUUCGGAUAUUCAGAAAUUGUUUAUUAAAUCAUCAUCCGGAAAGAAAACCGAAGAGGGAUCAUUGCGAACAUUUCAGAUAGUGAAAAGCAUUUCUUGA